AUGUCCAGCUGGACUGCGCUGAAUAUCGAGCCCGCCGAGGCCGUCGAAGAGGAGGUUGACGACACCAAGGAAAUCCAGAUUGAAGAAGCUCUCAAGCUUUAUCAGAAUGCCCUGAAGCUUCACUCACAGGGUCCUCAGUUUUAUAACGAGGCCGCAGAGGCAUAUGAUGCGCUCCUCAAUUCCGAGAUCUUCAAAUACCCCGAAUCGAUCUCCGACUAUAAGAGAACUGCGCUGCAGGAUUCAGAGAGCCAGCUCGCCGAACCGAUUGACUAUACGAUUAGUCCCGCCGCUGUCGAGCCACUCGUCGAAUUUGACACCAACGACUCCACGUCAAGCACCCUACUGCAGACCAUCUACCUCUCCUACAAGAACCAUGGACAAUACAUCUUAGAUGCGUUGCGCGCGCUUCUACAAAAUCCCCCCAAGGAGACGGACGGACAAGUGGACCUCUCGUCCGAAACCGUCAAGCGUGCAAGCGCUGCCUUGGCCUCAUUCGCCGAUGCCCUCGAACGUGACGAUACCGACCUCAACCUCUGGAGACAAAGCGCACGGCUGAGCAGUGCCCUAAAGAGCUAUCGAUUGGCCCGCUAUUGCUUGGAGAGUGUCUUGGCCGAUGAUGAAAACCGCCUAGAAGUUCGGACGGAACAGCUCGGGUUGGAGGAAACUUUCGCUGAAGAGCACCUUCGAGACACAUUGCGGUCUCUGGGUGAUAGAAUCGCCGUCUCUCAGGUCCCGCUCAAAAAACCGAAAAAGGCCCUUCUCAAAUUUUUAAAACGCCAGAGUGAUCCGUACCCGUAUUUGCCGGCACUACCAAAGGAGUUGGAAGAGAGUGACCCCUCGAGGAACCCGCUUGCCUUCGGCACGUCGCGACAUGAGAUCCAGCCAAGUGCUCCGACAUGGGCUGCAACUGGCAAGGAAAUUCUCAAGCUACUCUCCGAUAAUGAUGCGGAUGUGGACUGGCCUGGCCCCGGGUGUUCAAUCGCGAUAUCUCUACCCUCCGUUAGCCCCGAGGUCAAGGCUAUCGUCAGCGAGGAUGCUGAGCUUGCGAAUCCGCCCUUGAAUGCAGACGAGGAAAAUGCAGCACCUGUUGAAAAACAAGACAUUCAGAUGCCAAGGGUGGAUGAUACACCUGCAGAGGCACAACAACCCUCCGUGAAGACUGAAGCUCAGAAUGAACCCAGCGGACCUGCCAGUGAGCACAUUGACGACCACUCAUCUAUCGACCAAGGUGCGGAAAAACAGCUUAUGGACUCACGGGAAGUUCAGUCAUCAAACCUGCCGGAAGCUUCCGGUCAGCAAGACGCUACAACUGCGGAAGAACCCGACCUCAAGUCAGGAGUCGGAGGUCGGAAACGCUCCUCAGCAUCAGCCAUGCCAGACGACCAGACAGAGCCCACCAGAGCCAAAAGCAGAAGGACUCGUUUACGGGAAUCAAACGUCGAUUCAACGUUGCAGACUGACGAAGUCGCUUUCGACCAGACCAAGUACUAUGAAGAUCGGCUAGAAGAGUACGUUCAAGCUGAUGAGUGGAUGUUUAACACCGCUGGCUCUUUACUUUCCAAGAUCGGAGUUGAACUUGGAACCAUCGAUGAACUAAGGAAACUUGUUCCUUGCACCAAUGACAAAGACCCUGAAAGUCCUAUUGACCGAAAAGCCGAAUAUUUACUGCCCAGAGACCUACGAGACACCAUCAAAAACUGGGACGAGGCGAAGUCGCAAGCAAUGCUUCAAGGUGACAACUUUUCGAACCUUCAGGACAUCAAAGGAAUUGGCAAUUCCGGGCUGGCUAUUUUCCUAGAACACUCGAGAAAAUCUGCCCGGAAGCUAGGCAUGAAUCCCACAUUGUCUGGAGUUGACGAAUUGGUCACUUUCGUCAACAUAGUCAACGAGAAAUGGCUGUACGCUCAAGAGGUGGCCUUUGAGUGGCUCAGAGGCCUUCUGACGCCGAAUUUUGGGGAUAAUUCCCUUACGAAUACUGAUGCCGUCCUUGAUCGCUCAAAACUGUCUGACAUGGCAUCGACAUAUGUGCUAUAUCAAUGGCCAGACGCGUUAAAAGAGGCUGUUGUCCAAGUGGCACUAGCAGACGAUGAGUACAUCUAUAAGCGAUUGUGCGAACAGCUUGAAUGUCUCGAACGCCGGCUGCUCUGCCGAGAUCAGGAAAGCCCGUUUGAGUACACCUUGCAGGACUUUGCGGACCUGGAGAUGUCGCAGACUUUAUUUGAGCUCCACCUCGAUAUUUACGCCUCCAUGAACAACCCGAACAGUGAGGUGGAUCAAGAAACAAGAGCAUUACAGAGAGACCGCGUGGCGAGAUGGUGUAUGCUGGCGCGGACUGCGUUAACUCACUACAUGGACCACACCGCUGCAGGAGCCGACCUUGAAAACAUAACUAUCCGUCACAUCUGGGCGUCGACGUUCUAUUCAAAUAUGACGAGUGAUGCUCAGCCAGAACAUGUAUUGCUAAGUCUGCACGAGCUUAAGCGUCUCCUUCAUCGCCUCAAGGACCCUGUCAUCAACCUAGUGAACAAUGCUAUCAUGCAGGAAAUAUCGACUGGGGCCGUGGAUCAGGAGAUAUCAAAGCUGAAAUCAAUGGACUUCUUCAUGAGGAUCUUCAAUCCUGAUUCGGAAGACCCUGUGAGCCUCAUCGAGACUAUUGAGCCCAUUCUGGAACCCUCGUCUGUUCAGUUUGAUGGAGACCAGACGGCAGAUGACUCAGAAAUCGCUCAAUCAACGUCACAAAUUAGGGAGAUGGGAUCGUUCUUGGACAGUGGGGAUGCUACACUUCGGUUAUUCCUAUGGAAACGCCUACAGGACGCUUAUGCAAAGAUUGACUACCCCCCAAAGGUCGUUUCGUGCUAUCUGCGCAGCAUCGAGAUUAUUCUUAAAGAGAUCUCAAGCCCAGCCCAUCUAGAAGAGCCUAGCGAGCACCGGCAAAUUACGCUUCUUCGGUGGCUGAAGUCUCUUGAUGGGGUUCUAGCAAAAACGGUCACGACCGUUCUGAACGAUCCACGCAAGGCUUAUGAAUGCUUUGAUAUGGACCAUCUCAAGGCAUCCAUGUCGGCAGUGGCUCAGCUGACGAGGCUGCUCCACAGCUUUGUGAUGUAUGAAGACUCGAUUCGUGUUGGGCAAAUUUCCGGCCCAGAACUACGGGGUUCCUUAGCAAAAUCGGCCGAAAAGUUUAGGGAUAGACUGCGAGAGAUGCAUGUUCGUUGCUGGAUUCUACAGUACACCCUCUUGAAAGAAGCUGUCUCGCAAAACAAGGAAAUCUUCGAUACGCCCCUCGACGAUUGCAUCCAUUACCUCCGCUCUGUCCAUAAUGCCCUAGGGAUACGCGAAAUGUGCAAGCGGUCUCAAAAGCAGUUCUUGAAGCUCAUGAAAUCGGAACUCACGGCAUCGGAUUUGACUGAGGAUAUUGAAUUAGAUGUCUGUCAGAUUCUCUUUGAUCUUCAUGGCAUAAAGCUAUCUCCAGUUGAUGGACUGGUGAUAGAUCAUGGGUGUCCUCCAGAGAAGCUCGAUCGCGCUACUGCAACCAUGAUGAUCGACUUUGUUUUGCGACAGGCCAAGAAACUGAACAUCAAGGACUUGUCCAAGUCAGAAUUGAAGAGCACGAUUGAUAAAAUGCAACAGGCAAUUGGCAUUACAAAGUCGUCACCGCCGUAUUCGUAUAACAAGCGAAUCGUCAAUGCUUACUUGAAAUCCCCAAUUAAUCCAACAGAGCUCUUCCGUGCCAUACGGGGAGUGGAAGAUCUCCCGUUAAUUCCUGUGCCGACAGAAAGCGCAGAAAUCGCCCAAAAGGGAUGGUACUUCUUACUGGGUCAUGCUGCACUCACGAAAUUUCGAUCUCAAAAACGACUGAACCCCGUGCCUACGACUGACCUUGACGAGGCAAUUUCUUGGUUUAGACAGGACAUCGACCACGGGACCACCAGGUGGGAGUCUUGGUAUCGCCUUGCACAGACGUACGAUACGAAGCUAGAGGAGGAUAUCACCUGGUCUGCGGAUAAGAUCAACAGUAACAAGACCGACUUGGUGACCUGGCAGCGAAAUGCCAUACACUGUUAUGCUAUGGCCAUUUCAACAGCCAUUCGAUAUGGCGAGCCGACACAGGAUACGCGGAUGAUGCUGGCCGAUCUCUUUACUGAUUUUGGGAUCCGCCUGUACUCCUCUUCUCGCGAGCCUCUGUCUAUGGCAGCCUUCAGUCUUGCAGACUUUACCCGUCAUUACAACAGCGAGGAGAACAAGCAAAUGACUCAUUACAUGCGAAGCAAAUGUCUCUGGAAGAUGUUUAGCUGCGAUGAGUCUGUGAGAGGCGGUGCAAAGGCAGUCCAUCUUGAUGAUCUUCUUGAUUGCCUGUUGGAUGCCAUUGACGCACUUCCGCAAAAGAAAGACUCAAGGUCCGAUCCCAUCUUUGAGCCUCAUUUCAAACUGGUGUCUAUCGUUCAUAAACUGGUAACUAGAGGAGCAUUGACGCCGGCCGACGCCAGCAAGACGUUAAUGGCAACUCCUUGGGCUCGCAAGGUGCAGCCGCCCGAAGACAAUUCAGGCUGGAAGUCAUACAUUCUGGCGGUUCUUCGUAAUCUGAAGAAUGCCGACAAGUCGAACUGGCAUCAUCGUAUGGCUGUUCGUGUAAGUGAACUCUUCCUAUCUGAUCCUGCCAACAAUCGCUUACCUCUUCAGUCUGCGCACGUGAUAUACGAUGACAGCAAGGAUGCAGUUGCAGCUUCAGGAGCCAAGAACGAGCUUACUCACCAGAUAUUCACCAAAACAAUGACGAUCCAGGUGUGGAGACCGGAGUACGAACGUCCCGGACGACACUUCGUAUACACUACAAGAUACGUGUACUUCUUCGUGGCGUUACUUGAGCAACUCGAUGACCGCGCGAACCUCGAACAACUACUUCGCCGAGUCCGGAAAAAGCAAGGCGACUUCAUCAACCACACAAAACUAUGGGAAGACGUGUGCCUCACGUACGCCAGGGUCAUCCGACGAGCAGGACAUAUCAAUGAAGGCCACGAAGAGGGUGUGUUUCGCCCUAUCGGAUGGGAAGAAUUCGUUGCGAACACUGCCCGCCUCGAAGGGCUCUCCCAACUGGCCCCUGAAAGUCAAGCGCUCCUAGAACUCCUCCGGGAUGCUGUCGAGCUGAAGAAGCUCAACAACAACCUCAUGAAGGUCUCGCUGUUGGAAGACCUCAUCGCCGACCUCUACUCGCGCCUCUACGAAGUCAACAUGCCCCAGGUACUGGAGCAGGCUAAUGAGGAAAACAAGGAAAAGAUGAAGGUCGACCACCUUCUGAUGGCUAGCGACGGUGCCGGCGAAACACCUACGCCCCCCACCUCAGCACCGGCCUCCGAAGCCCCGGCCCCGCGCGGCCGCACAAAGGGCAUUGCACGACGAGAUAUCCAGAAAAGAGCGGAGACGAUCGUCAACCGCAAGCUUGGACCGCGUGCCCCGGCGGCGAAGGCGCCGGCGCCUGUGGAGACUGAGCCCACUCAAGGACCGGAGGUGUCUGUGUCCGUAUCAGUGACGUCCGCUCCUCGGCCGACGAAAGAAGCUCCUCCGCGGACCGAUGGUGCUGCAGAGGAGGCCGGCUCAGGGCAGCACAGCGAUGUCCCGAACAGCGUGCAUGAUAGUGCCGACGAUGAAAGCGAGCUGAGCGAGAUGGACGAUGAGAAACUGUCCAAACUGGCUUCGGAGCGCAAGACGCUAUUCUCCAAUUUGCAGAAUCGAGGAGGGUCUAUGGAACCGGACUCGGAAAUGUCCGGCCAGGCCGAUGGGGAUGGAGCCAACGAGAUGGCGGUUGAGGUCCAUGAGGACGUUGAUAACGAAGGGGAUACUGCCCUUGGUGAUGGGGAGGGAGAAGACGGCGACGAAGUCGGUGAUGGAGAUGAUGUCGAGAUGGAGGGAGAGGAUGGAGACGAGGAGAAUGAGGCCGGUGGAGAGGAAGGUGUGGAAGAACAAGGCGAACAGGAAGGGGAAGAAGAAGGGGACGGAGAAGAGAACGAUGGCGGGGAUACGGAAGGCGUCCAAGAGGGGGACGAUGACGAGCCUGAGCAGGCCGAACCAACUGCCCUCGAGAAAGACGACAGAGGCUCGUCGGAUGUCGAUCGGAUGGACAUCAAGUGA